AUGUCUUCUCCUAAAUGCUUGCUGGUGUUGCUCCUGCUCGGAGUAGCAGUGAUUCUCUCCACCACCCCUUCAUCACUUGCUGAUGACCGCCAUGAACCUCCUAAACGUAAAGGUGAGAAACCACCCCCAAAACACAAGCCACCACAUGGUCACUUUCUAAGUGAAAAUGUAGAGGACUUUCAUGGACCUCCAAACGGUAAGGGAGAGAAACCACCUCCUAAACACAAACCCCCGCAUGGACACCUUUUAAUUGAGGAUGAAGAGGAUUCUUUUAAACAUCAUAAGGGAAAGGGAGAAAAGUUUCCACCUCAUCACAAACCACCACAUAAGCCUCCAACGGGAUAUAGACGACUUUUGGCAGCUGAGGAGGUCGUAGAGGAGGACCAUAGGGGUAAGGGAUUUAAGCCACCACCAAAACAUAAGCCACCGCACGGACAUCUUUUGGCUGAGGAAGAUAUAGUCGAGGAUUUACACAAGGGAAAGGGAAAGGGAGAGAAGCCACCACCAAAACACAAGCCACCUCACGGACAUCUUUUGGCUGAAGAAGAAGUGGUCGAGGACUUGUACACGGGAAAGGGAAAGGGAGAGAAUCCACCACCAAAACAUAAGCCACCGCACGUACAUCUUUUGGCUGAGGAAGAAGUAGUCGAGGACUCACACAAGGGAAAGGGCGAAAAGCCACCGCCAAAGCACAAGCCACCACACGGACAUCUUUUAGUUGAGGAAGAAAUAAUCGAGGACUCACACAAGGGAAAGGGUGAAAAGUUUCCGCCAAAACACAAGCCGCCCCACAAGCCGCCCCACAAGCGUCCACCUGCCAACUGA